AUGAGGCUGCCCUUCCGCCAUCGCAUGACCGUCGGUCACCUUGCCUGGUUCUUCUGGCUCUUUUGUCUCGUUGCCCGGAGGAAAACUGAUGACCAGCCAAUGGCGUUUCAGACCUCUUUGCGCAUUCGUGAUACCUCCCAAUCGACCAUCGUCCUCGCAACCACCACCCUCGCCACCGCGUUCCCCACCCUCUCCACGGCAUGUACCUCCCUGGCCACUGCGCUUACCUCCCCGUCCACCGCCUUUAACUCGCCGGCCACCGCAUUUACCUCACCCGCUACCGCAUCCACCACCUUCGACCUCGCAUACACCAUCCUCUUCAGCGAGUACUCCUUCCUUAAGCGGUAUGCCGAGAUUCCCGGAAAGAUGGACUCCGCUGCCUGCCGGUUCCAGUUUGGAAGCGGUAGGAAGCUAUACGAGACAUCGUAA